AUGACUGUUUCUCAAGUACCAGAUAGGUUUCAAGGAUUUGCUGUAAAAAGUGCAGAAAAUUGGGAUCAUCCAAAAUUAAUCUCAUAUUAUAGAAAGAAGAUAAACGAUCAUGAUGUCGUAAUAAAAAACGAAACUUGUGGUCUUUGUUACUCGGAUAUUCAUAGUAUCCAAGCUGCAUGGGGUCCUAUUACAAUUAAGCAAGCUCUGACUAAACCUAAGGGUGAUUCAAUCAAAACUGAUUCAAAAAAUGAACCGACCACCUCCAACGAAGGUUCAGAUGACUCCAAGAACGAUGAUUAUGGGCUCGUAGUUGGUCAUGAAAUUGCGGGUGUUGUUAUCGCCGUCGGAAGUAAAGUGAAAGAUUUUAAAGUUGGUGAUAGAGCUGGAAUUGGUGCUUGUUCAUCAUCUUGUUUAGAUUGUAACAGAUGUAAAAACAAUAACGAGCAAUAUUGUAAUGAAGCAGUAUCUACCUACAAUUCCAAAGAUCCAAAAGCAGAUGAUUACGUUACACAAGGUGGUUAUUCAUCACAUUCAAUAGCACAAGAUCAAUUUGUUUUCCACAUUCCAGAUAAUUUAGAAUUUAAAUAUGCUUCACCAUUAUUUUGUGCUGGUAUUACUGUGUUUUCACCAAUAGUUAGAAACUUACAAUUAUUAGAUGUUGAAAACUUAGAAGACCCAACUACUACCACAAAACAUCAAUUAAAAUCAGCAAAGGGUAAAACUGUUGGAAUUAUUGGAAUUGGUGGAUUAGGUCAUUUAGCUGUCCAAUUUGCAAGUGCAUUAGGUGCAAAAGUAGUUGUAUUUUCAAGAUCAAAUAGUAAAAAAGAUCAAGCUUUUGAAUUAGGUGCUUCUGAAUUUGUAGCUACACAAGAAGAUGAAAAUUGGAAUAAAAAAUAUGAUGAUACUUUUGAUUUAAUUUUAAAUUGUGGAUCAGGUUCAGAUUUUGAAUUACCUAAAUAUUUAUCAACUUUAAAAGUUAAUAAGAAUUUUGUAAGUGUUGGUUUACCACCAAGUAGUGAAAAAUUCGAAGUUAGUCCUUUCACAUUUUUAAAACAUGGUGCUUCAUUUGGUUCAAGUUUAUUAGGUUCUAAAAUUGAAGUUGAAGAAAUGUUGAAAUUAGCUGGUGAACAUAAUAUUAAACCAUGGAUUGAAGAAGUCCCAAUUAGUGAAGAAAAUGUCCAUAAGGCUUUGAAAAGAUGUGUAGAUGGUGAUGUUAGAUAUAGAUUUGUUUUUACUGAAUUUGAUAAAACUUUCGGUGGUAUUGAAAAAGAUUAA